AUCGAGAGCUGACACACCGGAGCCAGAGUUGGUAGACUUUCAAGAACCUUCAGAAUCUUGUGGAACUGAUAAAAAUGAAAUCUUUGACAAUCAAAUUCCAUUUAUUGAAUAUGACGAAGAUUGUGAUUACUGCUGGCCACCACUGGAAGUACCAAAUAGUUGCCAUGGAGACAUGGAAAUAGAAAGUCAGAAUGUUGCAUGGCAAAGUGAAAGCCACGUCAUCGAUAACCACGCAAUGCGGGAGGAAUGGACGUACAGUGGCCAUUUAUUAGAAUGUUGGUUAAACGGAGUCGAACGAAACGAGAUGUGCCUUGAAUCUAUUAAUUGCCCAAGUGAUGUCAUCGCUUCAUCCCAGACAUGGUUUUUAGAUUAUAUUAAUGACGUAACGACAAGAUCAGAUCCAUACAAGGUGACAUCACCGCCUGUAUAUGCAAAUGAUCAGAAUAUACUCGAAUCUUGUUGUUGCCUAGCAACACUGAGAGAACAACCUGGAUCCGUUGAGUUUGAAUUUGGCGAAUUUGAAGAGAUGGAGACGAAUGAACGCCGACCAUGUCCGUAUUGUGGGAAAGAAGAGAACACGACGACUACGAUUACCCCUGAACUACAAAGUUGUGAAUCAGAAAGAAUAAACGACUUGUGGGAUGACAGUACCUGGAAAUGGAUGAAACGAGGAAUUGGAUGA